CCUUUGAGUCGUCACAAUCGGCCGUGAUUCCUUUAAAAAUAGGAAUUGCGGCCCCAACAACGGACUGGACAAGUCCGAAAGGCGAGUAUGACAUAUCACUCAGAAGCUCCAUCCGAUUCCAUCGCAGGACUGUGGCGCUGUCUUACAUGUCGGCUCCCAAACAUACAUAAGGGAGUGCCAUGCCGUAAUGGGAGGCACGACACCUGCAUCUAUAGCUGCAUUGAGCAUUGAAACUUGAGCGACAUAGACGAAAUAAAGCUGUAGCAUUGACACCGAUUUAUCAUAAUCGCUUACCUACUUCCUGGCUUUUAUAUCCUUGUAUUUGGGGCAAUUCCGGACGGUCUAGAAAUCCGAAGGUCUGAGAAAAAGGGAAAAUGGCUUCUAAAUCAGUCGCUCUCAUCACCAUGAGCACCCGAGGCACUCGGGUCGGCCCAUCGGUAUCCUCCUUCGUCGAGAAAAUCAUAGAGAAGCCGUUAACAUCGGCCGGGUUCACCAUCGCGAACGUCGACCUCGUGAAGUUCAACCUGCCCGUCUACAACGAACCCGUAGCCCCAGCUAUGGUCCCCGACAAAGCCCAGUUCAAGUACGAGCACUCCCGAGCGUGGAGCGCCGAGAUCAAGAAGCACGACGGGUACGUCCUCGUGAUCCCGGAGUACAACUACAGCGUAGCGGGCGGGACCAAGAACGCGAUCGACUACCUCAUGAACGAGUGGAAGGGCAAGCCGGUCGCCAUUGUCAGCUACGGGACCCGCGGGGGCACGAGCGCCUCCGAGCAGGUCAAGGGCGCCCUCAGCGGCAUGGGGCUCCGGGUCGCCGAGACCCGGCCCGCCCUGGCCUUCAACCAGCCCGACAUCUUCACCGCUAUCGGCGGUAAGCUCGGCGACGCCACGCUGAAGGCUUGGGAGGCCGAGCAGACCGCGAACGUAGCGAAGGCUGCCGAAGACUUGAAGGACUUAUUGAUGCAGCCGAACACUCCGGCUAACGCUCUUAGGCCAUAGAUACCUGUGGAUAUGUAGCAGCAGGUUGUUAUAGACGUGAGGAUGUUGCACUGUUAUCUUAGGCGCGGAUAUUUGCAAGGAGUACUGGGUUGGCCCUUUGGGACAAUAUCUAGAUGAUAGACAUCAACAAAGCGUUUCGCAAACUACUACUUACGCUUCCGUGUAUACAAAUCUGCUAACUCUUGUACCUGCCGGCGUUCGGUUUCUGGGUCCGCACCCGAUCUUCAUAUUAAUUCAUACGAUCAGCUACAGGUACUCCCCAUGUCAAUCUGAAUGCACCAAAAAGGAAUUGAGCUACAUGUGUGGGAUUGUGUUUUAAAAACAUCGUAAGGUUUUUGGGCAUCGAUAUACAAAAAUGAAG